AUCAAAUCAAUGGAGAAUCUGAGCAGCGGUGUUUGUGACGUUAAAAGUCAAAGUGUGUGUGCGUGUGCUUAAAUUUAAGGGGGAUUCAAGAGGACCAGAACAAAAACAGGACUAGCAUUCUUAAAGUGCCUAGUUUAGGGUACAUUCAGGAUGAGAAUAAUAAUCUUCAUUGCUUAUCUGCUUUGUCCUGUAGCACUGAAAGCACAGGAAACACAAGGAAGAAGCAUUGACCCUGUGGUCUCACUGACAAAUGGCCAAAUAAGAGGCGAAAUUGUGUCUGUAAAAGGAACAACGAUAAAAGUAAAACAGUUCUUGGGAAUACCUUUUGCCCGCCCUCCAGUGGGGCACCUCCGACUGGCUGCCCCCAAAGAUGCAGAGCCUUGGGAGGGGAUCAGAGAUGGCACACGCCAGCCUCCUAUGUGUAUUCAGGACUCUGAUAUAGUUGUGAAUGUUUCCAGAAUGAUGUCAGUGGAAUACACUCCGCCAGAACUUUCAGAGGAUUGUCUAUAUUUGAAUGUAUACACUCAAGCUGAGGCAAAAAGAGAUGACAAACUGCCGGUAAUGGUGUGGCUCCAUGGAGGUGGUCUAGUAAUGGGAGCUGCCUCUCAGUAUGAUGGUGCGCCAUUGACUGCUUAUGAAAAUAUAGUGGUGGUUAUCAUUCAGUAUCGCCUCGGCAUUCUGGGAUUCCUAGGAACUGGAGAUGAACAUCUGCGGGGGAACUGGGGUUUCUUGGACCAGCUUGCAGCUCUGAGGUGGGUGCGGGAAAAUAUUGAGGCCUUUGGUGGUGAUCCUCAAGCUGUUACCGUUGCUGGCGAAUCUGCAGGUGGCAUCAGUGCUUCUAUACUGACUCUGUCUCCGCUAGCUAAAGGAUUGUUCCAAAGGGCAAUUUUUCAAAGUGGAGUUGCAACUGUUGGAACCUACACUAGCAACAAUUCAUCGGGUCUUGUCAAGAUUGUAGCCAACCUGACUGGAUGUGACGACAAUACGUCACAGGAGCUGGUUCAGUGCUUGAGAGGAAAGAGCAAAGAAGAGUUAGUUGAUGCAACUAAAAAGAUGAAAAUUUACCUGGGAGGUGUGGUAGAUGGUGUCUUUCUGACGAAUACUGCUGAGGAGCUUCUAAAGAGAAAAGAAGUCAUGGCAGUUCCAGUUAUGAUGGGAAUAACCAACCAUGAGUUUGGGUGGAUUCUGCCGCAGAGUUUUGCUCUUCCUGGCUGGGAGAACGGUAUGACCACAGAGUCUGUGAUGGCAGUGGUGAAAAUGUUCAAUCCUGAAGGGGGCUCUUUAGCUAACGGACUCAUUGUGGAUGAAUACCUGAAAACUGCCAAAACUCCACAUGAUAUUAGAAACAAAUUCACUGAGCUCGUGGGAGACCUCCUGAUGACGCUACCUGUUGUCAAAGUGGCAGACUACCUCACAGAUGCCGGCAAUCCAGUUUACAUGUAUGAAUUUGGAUAUUGUGCUGGGAUACACAAAGACUCCAGGCCCGAUUUCGUGAAGGCAGAUCAUGGUGACGAUGUCGGCUUUGUGUUUGGCGGAUGUUUCUGGAGUGGAAGUGUAAAAAUGAUCGGAAACAUGAGCAAAGAGGAUGAACAACAGUGUUUAACUAUAAUGAAAUACUGGGCGAAUUUUGUCCGUGCUGGCUCACCCAAUGGCCCAGGGCUGGUUGCUUGGCCUCAGUAUGACAGGCAGAAGCAGGAGUACAUGGAGCUUGACGUGAAGCAAACCGUAAGAGAGAAACUGAAAAAGGACAGAGUCCAUUUUGCAACGGUCACUCUGCCCCAGAAAGUGGAAAUGAUAGCUGCAGCUGCUACACCUGGAAACUGAACUGGUUGUAGUGUCCUUUUUUACUACUUGACGACGAGAGAUUUGUUGGCCGGUGAUCUGAGACAUGGAAAAUAUGAUGUCAUUUUCAAGUAUGUAAUAAAAACAUCCAUCCAUGGUUUGAAACAUCCUGGAGAAAUAAAGGAACUUGACAAAG